AUCCCCCCCCCAGGCUCUGGCACGGAUGGCGGCCCCUGGCCUCCUGCUCCUCCUGGGGUUGCCUGGGGGGGCCUGGCCCAGCCUGGGGCAGCCCCGACGGCCGUGUGUGCAGUGCUGCCCGCCCGCCUGGCCCCCCGCUGCCCCCGGCCCCUAUGCCCGCAGGAGCGAUGGGGAGCGGUGGGUGCAGCCGCCUCGCAUGCGGCCUACCAUCGACGUGUCGAUUCUCAAAGGUGAGAAGGGCGAGACGGGGGUCAGAGGUCCCUCCGGCAGGAGCGGGAAGGAGGGCCCGCCGGGCUCCCGGGGCCUCCGGGGCCGCAAGGGCCAGAAGGGGCAGGCGGGGCUGCCCGGUGCCGCAUGUCGGCGCGCCUACGCGGCCUUCUCGGUGGGCCGGCGCGAGGGCCUGCACAGCACCGACGGCCUCCGGGCCGUGCCCUUCGACACGGAGCUGGUGAACCUGGACGGGGCCUUCGACCUGGCCUCGGGCCGCUUCCUGUGUGCCGUGCCCGGCGUCUAUUUCCUGAGCCUCAACGUGCACACCUGGAACUACAAGGAGACUUACCUGCACAUCAUGUGCAACCGGGAGGCCACGGCCGUGCUGUACGCGCAGCCCAGCGAGCGCAGCGUCAUGCAGACCCAGAGCCUGCUGCUGCCCCUGGCCACCGGUGACGCCGUCUGGGUGCGCCUGUUCCACCGAGACCGCGACAAUGCCAUCUACGGCGAGCCCGGCGACCUCUACAUCACCUUCAGCGGCCACCUAGUCAAGCCGGCCGCAGAGCUCUAGCGGCCCAGGAAGGUCCCCCCAAGGCCCAGCCCUCGGCAGCACCCUUCCCCCAGACACCCCACCUUCGGAGCUGAGAGGCCACGCCGGCAGUCUUUGAGGCCCGACUGUCUGCAGUGUUUGAGCAUCAGCUGCAUGCAGGCACUGAGCAGAGCACCAGAGAUGUGCCUGCAGCCAGACAGACUCGGGGCCUAGCCUGGAGGGGAGGGACACGACCGAGCGUUCACAUCAACGAGUUCGGGAUGAGACCUGCGGUCCGGGUGGCGUGGGGUGGGCCUGGUGGGCCGUGGCGGGGCGGGCGGGGUCUGCCCUUGAGAUGGAGC